AUGUGCUUUAGAUCUGCUACUGAAUGCGCGGCACUAGGGUGCCGCGGUAGCAAUUACCCUACAUUUAAGAAAGCCUCGAACGCAAGAACUGUUGGCUUGGGCAAAAAUAAAUUGCCGCGCUCUAUUCAUGUCUCUCUCCCAGCAAACAUAACAGGGCUCUCACUUACCUCAAUACUGGACAACGAUCGAAUAAAGGCUCCCCGGGGCUACCACAAGCAGCAAAAAGCUCGCCAGAUGAAGCGCUUUGCAGACCUUGCCCUCAUGAGUUGCUGUCCUUUGGAGGCAGCAAUUCACGCGACCCAAGCAAUCACAGAGCUCAGAGCUGCAAAUGAUCCUCAAUGGUAUGCAGGUCUGACGCAGAUUUGUAUGGAGGUGCCAUAUUUUGCUGUCGAGAUCACAGGCACUGCCUGUGAGAAUCAAACCACCGAGGAGAAGUUGGAAGUAUCUGCUUGUGCGUGCGAGGCAUUGGAUGAACUACUAAAAUAUCCAAUACAUUUGGCACCUCUUGCUGCGGUAUGUGCCCUUCGCUACCAAAGCCCUAAUUUGAUUUUUCUGCGCUUGAUAGGAACUUGUACUAAAAAUGUUCCGAUGGUCCAUACUUUUGAUGCUGUAGGACGUGGCCAUGUGGCUGCAGCAGGCUCCAUUAUUUAUUCUCGCGAGUGCGGCAACUUCGAUGGUGCGACAGCGCUCCUCUCUUUGAUCUGCAGUAUGGCAAAUGCAUGGGAUCUUGGAGUCUCUCGUCGACAGGGAAGUGGGAGAGACAGCCGCUCUGCUUGCUGGAGUCGCGUGCAACUGGCGGCCUUAAAACUUCUUAUGCAAAGCGCUGACAAAUGCAACUUGCACGAGCUUCGGGUCGAAGCACAGACACAAUCUUUGUGGUUAUCUGACAUGCCAGUAUCACGCCCGGAGUCGGAGACAUCUAGCAGCUUAUUUCAUUCAGGUGAACGUCACGCUACAGUGGUUUGCAUCAAGAAUCCAUUGAAGAUUAGAAUCGUUCUGGUCUCUGCGCACCUUGAUUUCUGUGGCAUGGAGUGUGUGGCACACCAUCAUUGUUUCAAGGGUCUGGUGCUUGCGGUAGGCGAAACUGUAUCGCUUUCACUCGAUGCGUCACCGCUUCAGAGUGAAUAUGACAUCGAGUUGCGAGGCGUCGAUCUGCUCUUGAUGGACGUUACACCCUCCAUUGCGCAACAAGCGGCGAAGAUACAGAUCAAUGCCAAAAGCGCCGGGCAGAAAACAAAGUUGAGUAACGUACGGCGCGUUGUUUCUCCGCAGCCUAGGCCGACUGUUGCUAUCUCAUUCAAAAAGACUAUGGCUGGUAGUCAAGAGCCACCUGCCAGCUACAUGCCUCACAUAGCAGCUGGGUCUUCGACGAUCCGGCCUGGGGAACGGGCGACUCUUCAUGUAGUUGUGAACAACUUGAGCGACAUCCACAUCGACAAGUUGGAGAUCUGGGCUGCACCUUAUCGUCCUGGCGAGCACGUGCGAUCUCUCCUUUUUUGUCACCCUGCUGAACCACAGUUUGGCGCGUCAGAUGAGGUCUUAGAAGGCUGUCAUCUUCCACUAUCGCCAUUCUUGACCUUCGAGCCUGACGAGCAGGAUAGCCUAAGACAACAGCUCGAGGGGCAUCCAAGAUACUUACACGCUUCCAUCCAGCUGCAGGAUCACUUUUCGCGGGGAUUCCUCGGUGGGCAGAUUCAGUGCACAAUAAGCUCUGGCGGUUUCACCCGGAAUACCUCGGGCACAUUCGCGUUGACUAAGAAUUUGGGCCUUGUUUGUACGAAAAUUGAUUCUGAGAUUGAACACUCUUAUUAUCACUUUCGCAAUGAUGCUGCAAUUCCGUUUCAGGUUGGACAACUUGGCACCGAUGUGUGGUACUAUAUCCGUUCAGGGGCACAUAAUACGAGACUCAAACUGCUUUCAUUGGGCACACUUCACUGGCGUGUUGAAGGAGCACAACGGCCAGAGUUCGAUGGCUUCGGGUAUCUAGCGAGACCCAAGUCGCGUCUUCUGCCCAGGAACAUGCCCGCCUAG